UCACAGAUGGUUUUACAGGAAAUAAAAGAUCAAGUGCUCACAAGGUUAAAUUUCAGGAAAGCCUUCUUGGAUACAAGAUAAAGGCGGGGUGUAAAGUGAAAACAAAAGUAGCUGGAAUUAGGUCAUUUGAUUUUAUACUCUGUACUCAAGACUGCUCCUCUCUGCCGACUGCAACAGAUUGGAGCCAUGGCUUUGGAACAGAACCAGUCAACAGAUUAUUAUUAUGAGGAAAAUGAAAUGAAUGGCACUUAUGACUACAGUCAAUAUGAAUUGAUCUGUAUCAAAGAAGAUGUCAGAGAAUUUGCAAAAGUUUUCCUCCCUGUAUUCCUCACAAUAGCUUUUGUCAUUGGACUUGCAGGCAAUUCCAUGGUAGUGGCAAUUUAUGCCUAUUACAAGAAACAGAGAACCAAAACAGAUGUGUACAUCCUGAAUUUGGCUGUAGCAGAUUUACUCCUUCUAUUCACUCUGCCUUUUUGGGCUGUUAAUGCAGUUCAUGGGUGGGUUUUAGGGAAAAUAAUGUGCAAAAUAACUUCAGCCUUGUACACACUAAACUUUGUCUCUGGAAUGCAGUUUCUGGCUUGUAUCAGCAUAGACAGAUAUGUGGCAGUAACUAAAGUUCCCAGCCAAUCAGGAGUGGGAAAACCAUGCUGGAUCAUCUGUUUCUGUGUCUGGAUGGUUGCCAUCUUGCUGAGCAUACCCCAGCUGGUUUUUUAUACAGUAAAUGACAAUGCUAGGUGCAUUCCCAUUUUUCCCCGCUACCUAGGAACAUCAAUGAAAGCAUCGAUUCAAAUGCUAGAGAUCUGCAUCGGAUUUGUAGUACCCUUUCUUAUUAUGGGGGUGUGCUACUUUAUCACGGCAAGGACACUCAUGAAGAUGCCAAACAUUAAAAUAUCUCGACCCCUAAAAGUUCUGCUCACAGUCGUUAUAGUCUUCAUUGUCACUCAGCUGCCUUAUAACAUUGUCAAGUUCUGCCGAGCCAUAGACAUCAUCUACUCCCUGAUCACCAACUGCAACAUGAGCAAACGCAUGGACAUUGCCAUCCAAAUCACAGAAAGCAUCGCACUCUUUCACAGCUGCCUCAACCCAAUCCUUUAUGUUUUUAUGGGAGCAUCUUUCAAAAACUACGUUAUGAAAGUGGCCAAGAAAUAUGGGUCCUGGAGAAGACAGAGACAAAGUGUGGAGGAGUUUCCUUUUGAUUCUGAGGGUCCUACAGAGCCAACCAGUACUUUUAGCAUUUAAAGGUAAAACUGCUCUGCCUUUUGCUUGGAUACAUAUGAAUGAUGCUUUCCCCUCAAAUAAAACAUCUGCAUUAUUCUGAAACUCAAAUCUCAGACGCCGUGGUCACAACUUAUAAUAAAAAAUGGGUUGGGGGAAGGGGGAGAAAUAAAAGCCAAGAAGAGGAAACAAGAUAAUUAAUGUACAAAACAUGAAAAUUAAAAUGAACAAUAUAGGAAAAUAAUUGUAACAGGCAUAAGUGAAUAAGAACACUCUGCUAUAAAGAAGAAGAGCUUUGUGGUGAUAAUUUUGUAUCUUGGUUGCAGUGGUGGUUAUAUAAAUCUACACAAGUGAUAAAAUGACACAGAACUGUAUACACACAUUGUACCAAUUUCAAUUUCCUGGUUUUGACAUUAUAGCAUAAUUAUGUAAGAUGGAACCACUGGGGGAAACUGGGUGAAGGGUACCCAGGACCACUCUGUACCAUCUUUGUAACUUCCUGUGAAUUUAUAAUAAUUUCAAAAUAAAAGAAGUUAAAAAAACAAACAAACCCACUAUGCUAUAAGUUAAGCCAUCUAAAAUAGAUUAUUAAAGAGGUUCAUGUUAAAAGGCAUUUAUAAUUAUUUUUAAUUACCUAAGUUUUAAUACAAGAACGAUUUCUCUGCAUAAUUUUAGUACUUGAGUAAGUAUGCAGCAGAACUCCAACUAUCUUUUUUUUCCUGUUUUUUUAAUUUGUAAGUAAUUUUAUAAAACCCACCUCCUCCAAAAAAGCAAUAAAAAAACAAACAAACUAUAA